AACGGGAAAGAAACAACGCACUAAGACAUAGCCGUGAACGAGUAAAGAUAAAUGAAAAUAAUUUUGAGGACAUUUAUGAUGGGGACGCGUACAAAAAUGUUGAAAACUUGGAGAACCCAAAUAAUUUUACAUAUUCGUUCAAUACAGAUGGUGUUCCCACUUAUAAGUCAUCACCAUAUUCACUAUGGCCUAUUUAUCUGAUGAUUAAUGAACUUCCUGUUAAAGUAAGACAAGACAAUUUGAUACUCGCAGGAGUUUGGUUUGGUACGUCAGAACCAAAAAUGUCACUAUUUCUAAAGCCGUUUGUCAAUGAAGCUAGAAAAUUAGCAGUUGAGGGUGUACGCUGGAAAAGAGAAGAGGAAAUGGUUACAAGCAAACUAUUUGGCAUUUGCUGCUGUGUUGACUCUGUAGCUCGUGCCCCAAUGAAAAACAAAAUACAGUACAACGGAUACUUUGGUUGCGAGUUCUGUUAUCAUCCAGGUAAAUGUGUUAAUCGUACCGUAAAGUAUCCAGUAGAUGUAUGCGAGUACACAGAUCGCAAAAAUGAUGAAAUGUUGCAGGACAUGCAAACUGCUCUUGAAGAGGCCAGAUUGGUUCGGGGUAUUAAGGGACCAUCUCCUUUAAUUAACCUACCGCAAUUUGAAAUUGUUUGGGGAUUUGUACCAGAUUAUAUGCACUGCGUUGCAUUAGGUGUAGUGAAGCACCUAGUAGAACAUUGGUUAGAGUCACCUGAUGAAGAAUGGUAUAUCGGGACGCCAAACAAGAUACAAAUACUAGACCAAAGACUGCGAGGUAUCAAGCCACCAAGUGUGAUAUCUAGAGUUCCAAGAGAAAUAUCAAAAAGAAAAAGUUGGAAGGCAUCUGAGUGGCAUAAUUGGUUAAUGUAUUUUUCGUUGCCAUGCCUACAAGGUCUGCUGCCCGGCCCAUAUCUGUCACAUUAUAGUGCACUUGUCGAAGCCAUGUUUCUGCUGAUGCAAAAAUCGGUAAGUCCUGCAGAUGUGAAUAGAGCUGAUGAACUUCUCUGGGCAUUUGUUGUUCAAAUACAAGCUCUUUAUGGGUCAUAUGCAAUGAAAUAUAAUAUUCAUUCACUCACUCACUUAGCUAAAAGUGCCAAGUUGUGGGGUCCUUUGUGGGCGCAUACCUGCUUUCCAUUGGAAUCGGCUAAUGCUCUUGUGAAAACACUGCAUGGUAACAGAGGAAUCCCACAACAAGUAAUGCACAAUUUUCUAAUGGAUAAAGCACUUCCAGUUUUUCAGGAAAUGUUUGACAUUUCAGCAAGUACUGAACAGUUUUUAGAAACUUUAAAUAAGAAGCGCAAACCUGUUCCUACGGAUCAGUUAGGAUCAAUUCUCCUUUACGGGCAGCCAAAGCUUCAGCAAUUGACCGAUGUUGAAAUCGCAACACUUAAUGCAAGUGGUUACGCUGUACUCGAUAAUGUCAAUGUUUAUGUUUGUUUUUGGCAAAAAAGGAUUUUUGUUCUGUAGUGAAAUGUAUCAAAGAGCGGAGACAAAAAUGAAUACAAUUGCGCAAUU